GGCAGAUCCCUCAGGGCUCUUCCGCUGCCAGCGUUCUCUGGUGUGAAGUUCCUCCUCUGACAGAGGUUCCUUCUGACCUCACCCUCGUCUUCCUGCUGGUGCCUCCUCUAGAUCUUGCAACUUCCAUUUCCUGCAAAAUGAACCUUAAGAAAGAGGCUUGCCCUGGGGGAAUCUGCCACCGCCCACUACAGACAUGCUGCUACUGCCGCUGCUAGUGGCCCUGCUCUGGCGGAGGGAGGGAGCCGAGGGCCAGAUGGGGCCUGAGGAGAACUACAAGCUGCAGGUGCCGGAGCUGGUGACGGUGGAGGAGGGCCUGUGUGUCCUCGUGCCUUGCUCCUUCUCCUACCCCUGGGAUGUCUGGGCCAUUUUUACCUCAACUCUGGGCUACUGGUUUCGGGAAGGGGCGGCGACAUCCAAGGAUGCUCCUGUGGCCACAAACAACCCAGACAGAGAAGUGCAGGAGGAGACCCAGGGACGAUUCCAUCUCCUCGGGGACACCCGGGCCUACAACUGCUCCUUGGAGAUCAAAGACGCCAAGAGGAGGGACAAUGGUUCAUACUUUUUUCGGAUGGAACGAGGAAGUGUGAAAAACAAUUUUAUGUCUAACCAGCUCUCCUUGCAUGUGACAGCCCUCACCCACACACCUGACAUCCUCAUUUCGGGGACCUUGGUGUCUGGCCGCCCCGGGAACCUGACCUGCUCUGUGCCCUGGGCCUGUGAGCGGGGCACGCCCCCCAUCUUCUCCUGGAAGGGGGCCACCGUCUCUUCCCAGGUUCUCAUGACAAGUCUCUCAUCGGUGCUCACCCUGACUCCACGACCCCAGGACCACGGCACCAAGCUCACCUGUCAGGUGACCUUGCCUGGAGCUGAAGUGACCACAGCGAGGGUCGUCCGCCUCAACGUGUCCUACCCUCCACAGAACCUGACUGUGACUGUCUUCCAAGGAAACAACACAGCAUCCAUAGCCCAGGAAAACGGAUCCUCUCUUUCAGUCUCGGAGGGCCAGUCCCUGCGCCUCGUCUGCGUCGUCGACAGCAACCCCCCCGCCAGGAUCAGCUGGGCCCGGGGGAGCCUGACCCUCCGCGCCUCACCGCCCAGCCACCCGGAGGUGCUGGAGCUGCCGCGGGUGCUCGUGGGAGACGAAGGGGAGUUCACCUGCCGCGCUCGGCACUUCCUGGGCUCCCAGCACGUCUCCCUGAGGCUCUCGCUGCAGAAGUGAGGCGCUGCACGAGGAAGUCAGCCAGGCCGGCAGGGGGCGUGUCAGAGGCAAAGGAAACCCCGUCUUUAACCCCUCAGCACAGCUCAUCUUGAAGCCCGUAUCCUCCCCGUCGUGACCCUGGUCCUUCCAGCAGCCUCAUCUCUUUCCUGAGUCACUGAACCCAUGCAUCUCCUGCUUCCUCUCGCUGGGAAACACGGCCCUCGGGUCAGAGGACUUGCCAGAGACGGUUCCCGUCCACCUCCCGCACAGUCGGAGCAGCUCUGUUUCCUCCCCACGCAGGGGACGGAGGGGCCCACACCACAGGCUGGAUUCAAAGUCCUGGCGGGCUCUCCCCUGCUGACUCUCCACCCAGAGUUUCUGUUUGGGAUGAUGAAAGCAUUCUGGAAACAAUGGUGAUGGUUGCACUAACAUAGUGAUGUACUUACUGCCACUCAGGUGUAACAUGUUGUUUAGUUGCUGAGUCAUGUCCAUUUUCUUCAAUGCCGUGGACUGUAGCCCUCCAGGCUCCUCUGUCCAUGCAGGCUCCUCUGUCCACUGCAGUGAGUUGCCAUGCCCUCCUCCAAGGGAUCUUCCUGACCCAGAGACCCAACCCAACUCUCCUGCUUGGCAGGCAGAUUCUUUACCACUGAGCCACCUGGGAUUCCCCAAAGUGUCCCCUAUGCAGUCUUAAAAAUAAUUUUUAUUCUAUGAAUAUUUUACGGAAAUAAAGGGAAU